UAAAGUGAAUUUUUUAAAGUUUUAGUAAAAAAAAUAAAAAAUGGAUCAAUUUAAAUCAUUAGAAGAGAAUAACAAGAAGAAAAAGAUUCCAAUAAAAAAAAUAGUUUUUGUUAUCGUAGCUCUUUUUAUUAUCUUUGUUGCUUUUCUUCUUGGUUAUGUAGUUCGUAAGGCUACUACAAUUUGUCAGUCAAAUAUGGUCAGUCAAAUGCUUACUAAUCAAGAUAAAAUACAACAAAGUAUUGUUGCAUCAUUAGAUCGAAUAAAACUUCAAGAGAAUUUAAGAUUCUUUGCAUCAAAGCCACACAUGGCUUCUUUUGAACAAAACAACUUGCUGGCAGAUGAGAUUUUCAAUAGGUUCAAAAGUUACGGUUUUAAAGCUGAAAAGGUCUCGUACAGUGUUUUGCUGUCUUUUCCAUCUGAAGAAAAAGAAAAUGCUGUGUCUAUCAUGGAUUUAUCUGGAAAACAACUUUAUAAAACUAAUAUCAUUAAGGAAAGUAUUUCUGGUAUGGUUCCUCCAUUCAAUGCGUAUUCUCCAAAUGGAACAGUAGAAGCAGAACCAGUUUAUGCGAACUAUGGUCGUCUUGAGGAUUUUGACAAGCUCAAAGAAUUAAACAUUAGUUGUUCUGGAAAAAUUGUUAUUGUACGAUAUGGUAAAGGAUCUAGAGCAAAUAAGGUUGAGUUAGCUGAAAAGUCUGGUGCACUUGGUGUUGUUAUUUUCAGUGAUCCUAAAGAUUAUGGACCAGUAAAGGAUGAUGAACUGUUUCCAAAAAGCAAAUGGAUGCCACGAAAAGCCAUCCAAAGAGGUUCAAUUAAAACAAUUUUUGGAGAUUCUCUUACUCCUAGUUACCCUGCUAAAGAUUGGGUUUACAGAAUUGACCCAAAAAAUGCAAUGUUACCAAAGAUACCAUCUCAGCCUAUUUCUGCUUUUGAUGCAUUUAAUAUAAUGAAGGAAAUGGAUGUUGGUGACGUUCCUAAUGAUUGGAAUGGAAUGUUAAAUAUCACAUACAGAUUGUCUAGUAAAAAGAAAGUAAAGGUUGAAGUUAAUAAUCAAAUCACAAAGCGUACAAUAACCAAUAUUGUUGGAACAAUUGUUGGAAACAUUGAACCUGAUCGAUAUGUCAUGAUUGGAAAUCAUAGAGAUAGUUGGAUAUUUGGUGCAGCAGACCCUGGCAGUGGAACCUCUGUUAUGAUGGAAAUUGCACGAGCGCUUGGAGAGAAAAUGAAAGACGGUUGGAGACCGAUGCGGACAAUUAAAUUUUUUUCUUGGGAUGGUGAAGAGCAAGGAUUGAUUGGUUCUAAUGAAUAUGUUGAGGAAUUUCAGCAUGAACUACGUCAAAGAGGAGUUGCUUAUUUAAAUGUUGAUACUUCCAUAUAUGGAAAUGGAACAUUUCAAGUUGAAGGAUCGGGACUUUUGAGAGAUGUUGUUUUUCAAGCUGCGAAGCUGGUACAACAUCCUCAUCAGAAAAAAACACUUUUUGAAGAUAUGGUUGUAGUUAAUCCAGAUAAGAAAAAUCAAGACCGACCAAAAUAUGAUGGUCUUGCAUCAGGGAGUGACUAUGCUCCGUUUUACUCAAUUGCUGGUGUUACUUGUGCUGAUUUUAGUUUUGGUCCUGUAGGAGAAUUUUAUCCUACAUAUCAUACCGAAGAUGAUACUUUGUUGUGGAUGGAGAACUUUACAGAUCCUGGGUACAAAAUUCACCUAGCUGUUUCUCAAGCUGUAAUGCAUGUUCUUCUAAAAUUGUCCAAUUCUCCAAUAAUACCAUUUAAUCCAUUAUCACUAAAAGAAACUUUAGAUGAAAAAUACUCUUUAUUACAGGAAGAACUCAGAAAAGUUGCUCCAUCACUUAAAGCAGUUCAUAUACGUGACGCUUUAAAUAAUUUUACUGAAGCAUCAUUGAAGUUAAAGAAACUACUUGACAAAGACUAUGAUACCAACAGUCCAAAAAGCGUCCUUUUAUUACGAAUGUUAAAUGACAUCACUAUUCAAAUUGAAAAAACCUUUUUAAGAGACAGCGGUUUAGUCGGACGGGAAAAUAUCAAGAAUUACAUUUAUGCACCUUCAGCUUAUAAUAGAUAUGGCUCUUCAUCAUUUCCUUCAGUUGUCGAUUCGUUAUUUAAUUUAACUGUUAACUCCACCCAAGGUAAAGAUUUUGAAGCUGUUAAAAAAGAGCUGACAUUAGUUGCUCUUGUUAUUUCUUCUAGUGUUAACUGGAUUGAGAACGGGCUGAGUUCGAUCCAAUAGUUUUUGUUUGUUUGUUUUAAAUACAUUUUAGAUUAUUUUAUCAUGAAAUUUAUAAUAUAAAAAAGAGUGUUUUAUAAAUGAGAGUAUUUUAUUAUUAUUAAUGAUGUAUUUUUUUUAUUCAUGAAAAAACCGAUAAACUUUUUUUA